AAGUAAGCAGGUUACUUCGGUUUUAGUGACUCAACGGUCAACACCUCUCUCUUCGUCGAUUCAAAAGAACGAACGAACGACUGCAGUCUUCCUGCUUUUCUCUUGAGAUAGUUACACGUACGAUUAUUUUAUUUCUUACCGAAAUUCAAGACAGAGAAACUUCCUCGGUUGUUUGGAAUUUUUUUAUCAUUUUAAAAGAUCGAAAAUAACGAUCGACAUUAUAGAUAUGGGCGGACAAGAUGAUUAUAAGUGCACUUUAAGUGAGGAAACAAAAAAAAUUGCUAAGGAUGAACUUCGCGAGGAUGAUACAAUUCGAGAACAAUUGUUGGAACAAUUUAGGGAUUGGAUUAAAAAAAAUCCGUUAAUAAAACAUUGCAGAACGGAUUCAUUAUUUCUUCUUAGAUUUCUAAGAACAAAAAAGUUUAGUUUACCAAUAGCACAAAAAUUGCUGGAAAAAUACCUUAUCAUAAGGCAAAUUUAUCCUCUAUGGUUUCAAAAUUAUACAAUCGAUGAACCUAUUAUCAAUGAUAUCAUAGACACCGGCUAUAUCGUACCUUUAUUGAAACGAGAUAAAUACGGUAGAAAAGUCUUGUUAUAUAACAUAGAACGUUUCGACCCAUAUAAGUAUACGAGUGAACAUUUAAUAAGGACCCAUGCCCUCAUCAUGGAAUCUCUUAUGGACGAUGAGGAAAAUCAAAUUCGUGGAUAUGUCUACAUAAUAAAUGAUACAGACAUAACCAUGGGUCAUAUUAGCAUAUUUUCUUUGGGUGAUCUGCGUAGAUUAAUUUAUUGUAUACAAGAUGGUCUGCCUUUAAGAAACAAGAGAACUUACAUAGUCAAUUUACCAUCGUUCGGUCUCAAGCUUUUGGAGAUUUGUAUAUCUUAUCUUAACGAGAAGUUAAAAAAGCGUUUUACGUGUCAUAAAAGUUUCGAGGAAUUGAAAGAUGAAAUCGACUUAAAGUCCCUACCGAAGGAGUAUGGAGGUGAAACUUCUCUUCAGGAAAUGAUUGAUUCUCUUAAGAAAACUUUAUAUGAGAAGAAAGAGCAAAUAGAGGCUUUGAACGAUUUACGAAUAGAACUUUCCGAUACUCAGCAUUAUAUUAACGAAAUUGAUGGUGUCACUGGUUCCUUCCGUAAGUUAGAAGUGGAUUGAAACUUCCCUUAUAUUUUUAUACGAAUAAUUUAGUUUAUUUAUAUUUCUGCAUACGAAACGUAUGCGUUUACGAUUAAAUGUUUAAUUCAUUGUUAUUAGUAUUUGGUUAGUGUGUUUACGUUUUUAUAUUUUAUAUGUGAAGUUAU